AUGGCAUUGGCGGAUUCAGAGUGUAAUAAGCAUGAAAACUCCGAAUUGAGAUUGUCAUGCUUCAGUAACAAGAUAUUUAAAAGUCGCGAUGCAUUAAUAAGAUGGACUCGUGAACAAGGGAAAACGAAUGGCUUUGUGAUUAUCAUUAAGAGGUCAGAUAUUGGAGGAGCUGGUAAAUUCAAGACUGGUCGAAUUCUAUUUUGUUGUGAGAGGGGUGGCCAAUUUAGGAAAAAAAAGGUUGUGGAAUUAGAUAGCAUGACAACACACAAGCUUGAUCAAAGUUCAAACCCUUUGAAGAAAAAAAGUGUGAAGUCUACUGGUACGAAGAAGUGUGGUUGCCCCUUUUCAUUGAAAGGUGUGAACUGUGGUCCUGGAGAUGCAUGGCAACUUGAGGUUGUAUGUGGAGUUCAUAACCAUCCUGCAGCACUAAAUAUGGAAGGCCAUUCAUAUGCAGGGAGAUUAAUUGUGGAAGAGAAUUUACUAGUGGUUGACAUGUCUAAGAGUUUGGCUAGGCCAAAGGAUAUAUUAUAUACUCUUAAACGUAGAGAUAGGUUGAAUGUGACCACAAUGAAGACAAUCUACAAUGCCAGACAAAAAAGUAGGGUGAUUGAGAAAGUAGGUAUGUCAGAGAUGCAGGUAUUGCUACAAAAGUUGUUUGCCCAUGAGUAUGCAGAGUGGCAUAGAAGCUAUGGUACCGCUAAUAUUAUAAGUGAUUUGUUUUAUGCUCACCCUACAAGUAUUAAGCUACUGCGCGCAUUUCCUCAUAUUUUGAUCAUGGAUUGCACAUAUAAGACAAAUAGGUUUUGCUAUCCACUUUUGGAGAUUGUGGGGGUGACGUCUACACAUCUUACAUUCUCAAUUGCAUUUGUUUAUCUUAGUGCCGAGAAAGAAGACAACUACAUAUGGGCAUUGGCUAGAUUGAGGAGUGUUAUGGAUGAUAAUUCGAUUCCUAGUGUUAUUGUCACAGAUAGAGAGUUAGCUCUCAUGAAUGCACUCCAUAAAGUCUUUCCAAGUGUUCGACAUUUAUUAUGUACAUGGCAUAUUAAUAAAGGAGUCUUAGGAAAGUGCAAAAAUGUAUUUGAAGACAAAGCUAGUUCAGACAAAUUUUUAAUUUCAUGGAAUAUGCUUGUUUCAUCAAAUACAGAAGCCGAGUAUGAAAGACAUCUACUGGCCUUACAAACCAACUUCAAAUAUCACAAUUCUAUCAUCAACUAUGUGAAAGAGACGUGGUUGAUUCCUUAUAAAGAAAGAUUUGUUGCUGCUUGGACGAACACAUGUAUGCAUUUUGGGAAUACAACAUCAAAUAGGGCGGAGACUGCACAUGCAAAGUUGAAGAAACAACUUGGUAAUAGCAUGUGUACGUUUGGAACAUCAUGGGACAAAAUUCUUCCUUUAAUAGAAUUGCAACACACUGAGAUAAAGGCAUCAUUUGAGAAGAGUCUGUCAUUUGUGCAACAUGACUGCAGGAAAGAAGACUUCAAGGAGUUGAUUGGUUUUGUAUCUAUUUCUGCAUUGGAUAAUAUUAUGGUUGAGCUAAAGCGGUUAGAUUAUAUUGGGGUUGAUCUUAUAUCAUGUGGUUGCAUAAUAAAACACACACAUGGAUUACCAUGUGCACAUGAGAUGCAAGAGUUCAAACGGACUCAUAGGCCCAUUCCACUUGACUGUAUUCAUCCUCGUUGGAGAAAGUUAGAUUUUUUGGAGCCCCGACCUACUACUACACCGAACAAUCCUCCAGAAAAUGCACAGUUAGAAUUAUUUGUGAAGUGGUUUCAAAGUUGUAAUUCUAAGACAAAGAGACAUAUUAGCAUGAAGUUACAAGAGAUUAUGAAUCCCGCAUCUACCACACUUACACAACCCCAGUUGAAGAUUAAAAUAAAAGGUCGUCCAAAAGUUGACACAUCUACUCGACGUUUGCCUUCUGCUUUUGAGGUUGUUACAACACCGCCAUGUAAGAAACACUCGACUGACAAAUUUGUUACAAGACCGCCACGUAAGAAGCCAAAAACCAUACCCCAAAAGCGAUCAGUCUAUAGGCCUAAACCCAGUGUAGAUGACUCUUGCUUAACACCAGAGUUUAACAAGUGGUUUCCUAAACAUAUGUUGAUACAUAUUAGAGGGGCACAAGAUGUUAAGAGUGAUGGUAAUUGUGGUUUUAGAGCCAUUGGAUCAUUGAUGGGGUUUGGUGACAAUGCUUGGCGCAAAGUACGCAGGGACUUGUUGAAGGAGUUGAGGAAAGAAUCUAUCAUAUACGAGUUAAUAUUAAAUGGUAAGGAACGGGUACAACAUAUUGAGUAUAUGCUGGACUAUUUUGAGGACUUCCCACUUCAAGAUAGAUGGAUGACUAUACCAGUUAUGGGACACCUCAUUGCAUCUUGUUAUAAUGUAAUCCUCAUGACUUGGUCAGUGCAUCAGUCACUUACAUUUUUUCCAUACGAGACUGCUCCAUUGGAUUCUAUCUAUCGCCGUGAGAUUUCAAUUGGAUUUGUUAACCACAAUCACUGGAUUAAGGUUUAUUUGGAAAGUCAACACCCUAUGCCACCAGUUGAUCAGCGUUGGUUGAGAUGUGCAACCAUAACUGCAUCAGAUUGGAUUACGCCAUAUCAGGAUCGUAUACGUCAAUUUAGAUAUGAAGCUGGCGUAGCGGACCCUUAUGAUAAUGACCCUAUAUUUAUUGAGUAG